AUGCAUCUCGGUAAUGAGCUGCGACUUCCAGCUAGUAGCGGUUACUCACGAAGUUCCUGGAGGCGGCUGACGUCGUACAUAUUCCGGGCUUGCCCUGAAGCUGGAGCGUGUAGCGGUAGGACAGGUCAGCUGGGGUCCAGGUGUUCUCGGAAACCCAGGUACAGCCAGGUGAGCUAUCUAAUGGCUGCACCGUUCUGCUACAAAGGAAUUCCUAGCCUUUCAAGUCCUAUCAAAAUAUUUUCACCUAUGUUAAAAGGUCCACUUUCUAUUGAGUUCAAUGACAGUCGAAGGAGAGGCCAAAAUCCAUUGAUCCUCCGGUGCCCGCCCAUUCAAGUCUCCGAGAACCGGUCUCAGGCGAACCGGCCUACAGUAUCAGUCCUUCCACCAGACGCGGCUUAUCACUUCUCACUAUCACCUCCGGCAUUCAGUAUUUAUUCUACAGUAUCAGCUUGCCUAGGGGCCUGCUCUCUUUCAUGGUCGUCUAUGGUCUGGCAUCCUUUCCCAAUAAUUGUGUCGUUGACCGAAGAAGUUAGGAGAAAGCCGAAGGUGUGGAUCGUUUCCUUCUGCCGUGAAGGACAAAGGACCAACGACCCCGCUGGACAAGCCGUGAUCGGAGGCUGGGAAUCUGCCGCGAGUGUCGUCCUGUAG